AUGAUCAAAACUGUGUUGACUGAGACCCUAGGCCUUCGUGUGCCGCUCGUAAUGGGCGGUAUGCAAUGGGUUGGCACGCCUCGCCUGGCCGCAGCUGUGUCGAAUGCUGGCGCUCUCGGUAUGGUGACAGCGCUGACACAGCCUUCGCCAGACGCGCUCAAGGCGGCGAUCAAGGAGGCCCAGUCGCUGAUUGACCCGGAAAUUUCCAAAGAGCGUGCGAAGUACGGACCUUUUGGUGUCAACAUCACGCUUCUCCCUGCUAUUGUCCCGCCGGACUACCCUGCGUAUGCGCAGGCUGCGCUUGAGGCCGGCGUGCGUAUUUUUGAGACGGCUGGCAACAACCCGGAACCUGUGAUUCGUAUUCUGAAGGAGGCUGGUGCCUUUGUUAUCCACAAGUGCACGGCUGUGCGUCACGGUCUGAAGGCCAUCAAGCUUGGUGCUGACAUGCUGAGCAUUGAUGGCUUGGAGUGCGCUGGUCACCCUGGUGAAGAUGACAUUGGUGGACUGGUGCUGAUGGCGCUUGCGAAGGAGAAGAUCACUGCGCCAUUUAUCGCUUCGGGUGGUAUUGCCAAUGGACGUGGUCUGGCUGCUGCGCUGACGCUGGGCGCCUGCGGUGCGAACAUGGGCACACGUUUCAUGGUCACCAAGGAGAGUGAGAUCCAUGAUGCGAUCAAGCAGCGUGUGGUGGAUGCCAAGGAGCAGGACACGACGCACAUCCUGCGUUCGCUGCGCAACACGGCGCGUGUGUUCAAGAACAAGGUUGCGCUGGAAGUGCGUGAGCGUGAAAAGCACAAUGCCGAUAUUAAGGAGCUGAUUCCGCUGGUGUCAGGUACUCGUGGUCGUAAAGUGUACGAGACGGGUGAUGAGGAUGCUGGUGUUUGGACGGCUGGCCAGACGGUGGGUCUGAUCCAUGACGUGCCAACCUGCAAGGAGCUUGUGACCCGCAUUGGCCAGGAGGCCGAAGAUGUGAUCCGUCAGACGGCUGCUUUGAUCUCGUCGCAGGCCAAGCCGCAUCUGUAA